AUGCAGUUCACCGUCACCGUCGCCGCCCUCUUCGCCAGCGUCGCCUUCGCUGCCCCGGUUGUUGAGGAGCGCCAGACCCCCUACGUCCCCUGCUCCGGCCUCUACGGGUCUGCGCAGUGCUGUGCGACUGACAUCCUCGGCAUCGCGAACCUCGACUGCGCCAACCCGUACGAGGUGCCCACCACGGCCGACAAUUUCAGUUCCAUCUGCUCCGAAAUCGGACAGCGUGCCCGCUGCUGUAUCCUGCCCAUCCUGGACCAGGGUAUUCUCUGCAACACCCCCGCCGGUGUUCAGGACUAA